AUGAAUUUCUCCUCUUUACUGGGAGUGAGUUUAUCUGAGAGAAUGCCAAGUUUUGUGAAAUCACAGAAUCUAACCAGUGUUUCAGAAUUCAUCCUCUUAGGGCUCUCAGCUGAAACAGAACUACAACCCCACCUAUUUGGGCUGUUUUUAUCCAUGUACCUGAUCACUGUACUGGGUAACCUACUCAUCAUGCUGACUGUCAUCUCUGAUGCCCACCUCCACACCCCUAUGUACUUCUUCCUCUUCAACCUGUCCUUGGCUGACAUCAAUUUCACUUCUACCACAGUCCCAAAGAUGCUUAUGGAUAUCCACACUCACUGUGGAGACAUCUCCUAUACAGGUUGCCUGAUUCAAUUCUAUUUCUUUUAUCUUUUUGGAUGUUUGGAUAGUCUACUUCUGACAGUGAUGGCCUAUGACAGGUUUGUGGCAAUCUGUUACCCCCUCCACUAUGCAGUCACCAUGAACCACCAGCAGAGUGGCCUGCUGGUUCUGCUUUCUUUUAUCAUCAGUCUUUUAUACUCCCAGGUGCACUGCUUAAUGAUGUCACAGCUAAAGUUCUGUUCAGAUGUGGAGAUUCCUCAUUUCUUCUGUGACCCUCCUCAACUACUCAAACUUGCCUGUUCUGACACCUCCACCAAUAACAUAUUAAUAUAUUUUCAUGGUGCCAUCUUUGGUGGAAUUCCAGUCUCACUGAUCAUUUUCUCUUAUAGUCAAAUAGUUUCCUCCAUUCUGAGAGUCCCAACCCCAGGUGGGCGGUAUAAAAUCUUUACAACCUGUGGCUCUCACCUAUCAGUAGUUUGCUUAUUUUAUGGUACUGGCAUGGGAGUGUACCUGAGUUCAGUUUACUCAGAUGCAGCCAGAAGGAGUGCAGUGGCCUCAGUGAUGUAUACACUGGUUGCUCCCAAGCUGAACCCCUUUAUCUAUAGCCUGAGGAACAGGGACAUCAAGAUGGCCCUGGGGAGGAUCUUAAAGAGAACACCCUAA